CCACUUUUAUCUCACUACUUCUAUUUCCUGUGUCCGGUUCAGGAGCUCAAAGAUCAGUAGAUGGACGUCAAUCUGUGUGCCACAUUGCAUACUUAGAGGAUGAUUAUAAUACUAUGAAAGUAGUGUGUUUCGUUCAAGGCAGAAUAACGAGUUUUUCGUAAAGAAAGAAUAACAUGUUGAAUUCUGAGGGUUUUUUUGUUGUGCAGUUUUUUCAGUUGACGGAGCCUGCUUUUCAAGGAAUUUGAAACCUGUGUGAAAACAAAUCGAAAAAAGAAGAGAGUCGAGGGGUGCUAAAUUAACAUUUCGACGCUGUUUCAAAUAGUACUGAAAACAUUGUUUUCAGGCUUAGCUCUUAGGUUUCAGAGAGGCUUACUACAAGAUAAGAUAACAUUCAUUUUACGCCUACAGAAUAACAACGCUUAUUCUCGUAGACAAAGGUCCAUUUCUUUGGAGUUGACACCGACUCUUGUUGUGCACGCAUUCCGCUUCAGGAUCGAUUUGUUACUAUUUUUCUAACCCGACAGAGCAUCAUGAGUGUCGUAUUCGUUUGCCUUUUUAUUCAUAUGCCUAAUUGCGUCACAGAACCAGAUAGUAGAUAGGCUACUGGAGAAAAGAUAAAAUCUCGAGCCUAUUAUAAGUGCGACCGCCGAAUAUAUUCAAGGUUACAAUAUUAUUAUCUCAAUGUGAAAUCUGCUUUUCCUCAUUGCCCAUUGUGUACGACUGUUUUGUCUCUGGAAGCCGGUGGUGUCUCUAUCGUGUAGGUUCUUUGCCUUACGGUAACUUUUGUUUCCGAGAUGGAAAACCAAGGCGACAAGACCACAAGAAAGACAUCCCUGAAAGCAUGUAGUAAGAAUGCUGAAACAUCUCCACAACACUUGCUGAAAGCGAAAUCUAGGAUAGCAUAUGUGAAGUCUUCAGGAUUAUCAUGCUCAGUUUGCGCCUCGAGACUGUGUCAUCUGCCUUUAUGGAAUUCUAGCUGGACUGCACACUUGUUGCGAACAAUUCCAGGAAAGCAAGCGCAGAGGUCUAUAGUGCUUGACUUCGUGUUCAAAACCCUUUUCUCCCUUGUCCUGCUUUUGAUGCUCGUCCAGCCUGGCUCAGCUGAGAUCUUAGCGUACAGGGGAGGGAGAGACGCGGUCAAAAGUCUUUGUGAAGCGCAGUGUCAUUCCUGGUGCAUGGAUGCUGUGGGUAGGAGUUGCCAUAACUGCAGCUCUUCCGAAAUCCCCGAAGAUGUUCAGUGGAUGAUCCGGUGCCCAGAGGAGAAUCAGCAGCAGGGCUUUUCUGAUUGUCAGGGCUCCUGCUCUACUUUCACGGGUCAGAAUGGUGAGUGAAAAAUCUGAAGAGAGCAACUGUACCAGGGACUAUAAGUGACUGGAGGAAUGAUUACGACC